UUAGUUAAGCUCAGACUGCCGCAGGAGUUUCCCGCCGCCGGCUGGACGGAGAGGAAGGAAGGAAGGAGCCGCAGACAAGCGAUGGAGCCCCAAGAGGUGUUGCAGGUUAUUUUCUUCUGUAUCAACCUUGCUGCUGCUUCCAUUCAGGAUGAACACUGUGAGAAUCUGUCUUCUGCUGCCAACAUCACAGGUCCCCAGUGCAAUGCCUUAGUUGACCUGAUUGGGACAUGCUGGCCUCGUAGUGCUGCUGGACAGCUGGUGGCACGCCCCUGUCCUGAGUAUUUCUUUGGAGUGCGAUACAACACCUCAAACAAUGUGUACAGAGAGUGCUUCGUGAAUGGGAGUUGGGCCACCCGCGUGAAUUACUCCCAGUGUCAAGAGAUCCUCAGUGAGGAGAAGAGGAGCAAGCUCCACUACCACAUUGCUGUUGUCAUCAACUACCUCGGGCACUGCAUUUCCCUGGGAGCCCUGUUGGCUGCAUUUGUCCUUUUCAUGCGACUGAGGAGUAUCCGGUGCUUACGGAAUAUUAUCCAUUGGAAUUUGAUCACUGCUUUCAUUCUGAGGAAUGCCACAUGGUUUGUGGUGCAGCUCACCAUGAAUCCAGAAGUGCACGAAAGCAAUGUGCUCUGGUGUCGCCUUGUCACGGCUGCCUACAACUACUUCCAUGUCACCAAUUUCUUCUGGAUGUUUGGUGAGGGCUGUUACCUCCACACAGCCAUUGUCCUCACCUAUUCUACAGACAAGCUGCGGAAAUGGAUGUUUAUCUGCAUUGGCUGGUGCAUUCCUUUCCCCAUCAUCAUUGCCUGGGCUGUUGGAAAACUCUAUUAUGACAAUGAAAAGUGCUGGUUUGGGAAGCGUGCAGGCAUUUACACUGAUUACAUCUACCAAGGUCCCAUGAUUCUGGUGCUACUGAUCAAUUUUAUCUUUCUAUUCAAUAUUGUCAGAAUCUUGAUGACAAAGCUUCGGGCCUCGACCACCUCAGAGACUAUACAAUACAGAAAAGCUGUGAAGGCCACCCUUGUACUCCUUCCUUUACUGGGCAUUACCUACAUGCUUUUCUUUGUCAAUCCUGGAGAAGAUGAAGUAUCCCGGAUCGUCUUCAUCUACUUCAAUUCACUGUUAGAGUCCUUCCAGGGCUUUUUUGUUUCUGUCUUCUACUGCUUCCUGAACAGCGAGGUCCGCUCAGCGGUACGGAAGAGAUGGCACCGGUGGCAGGACAAGCACUCCAUCCGUGCCCGAGUGGCAAGGGCCAUGUCCAUUCCCACCUCCCCAACCCGAGUCAGCUUCCACAGCAUCAAACAGUCAACGGGUCUCUGAGGCUGCUCUAGACUGCGGGACUGACGUUUUGCUACAGUUAAGAGGGAGGGAAGGAACAGAGUUUUCCAGCUGCAAAGAUAAGACUGUUGUUCCCCUGGAGUUGUGGAUUCAGGAAAGUCCCCAUUUGGCUGACCUGUUUUGGGAACAGACUCUUUAGACUGGAAGCAAAUGUUAUGUCUGUGGCCAGAAAGGCAAACCUUGGCAGGACCCAGCUGCUUAGAAACAAUGAGAAGUCUGAGGUCUAUGCCCACUCCAUCCCAUCAUUAAGAAGGUGUGACUUAUUUUGCUUUAUGAUGCCAUCUGGAACCAUUUGCUCUGUUUGCAUAUAGAUUUCAGGAAAGGGUUAUCAACUCACAUUAAGUGCUGUGGGGAAAUAAAUGAGGGAUAGAUGAGUCGCUCUCAAAAGUGCAGAACUCCUAGCCGUAUCAAAUUACCCCAGUCUACAGUGGGUAAAUAAGAAUCACAAAGUUAAAAACACAACACACACCAAAGGAAGUGAUAUUUUUUUUCUGAUACCAGCAAGAUCAAUCCUGGGAACUUUGUGCCGCAAAAUGUUGUGUUUGCCAUUUUUUAAAAGAUUUGAUGAGUUCAUAUGGGAUAGUUGUUGCUAAUACCUUACAAAAGCACAAAGUCUAUAUUUAGGAUGACUGACCCCUUGAUAUUGGGGCUGAAAAAGCAUCACUAUCACGCCUUGCUUGUGAACUUCCAUAAGACAUUUUUAACUGUGUGGCAGUCAGGAUGUUGAGCAAGUGGCAAGACUUUAUCUCACCUUUCAGCAGCAGAAGCUGAACAAAGAUUGAUGGGCUCAUUGCAUCACUGAGUUGACCAACGCACUCCAUGAUCCACUUAAUGGUUGCUUGUUGCUCACCAAAUUCCUGCCCAUGGAAAGUUCUGUGAGUCCAAAAGUGAAGCGGGGCUUGAAUGCAUUUGUUUGGGCAUCUUUUAAUAAAGAGUGACACCAUCUCA